AUGUCUGUGUAUGUAGUUCUGCUCCUUCUAUUAGUUUCAGGAACACAGGCUGAUCGAGGUCAGUUCGCAGGCACUCACGAGGUCCACGAUGAAGCUCACAUAAAGCAGCAUCUUGAAAAUAAGAUUGAGGUCGAGAAGCUUUCAGAAGAGCAACAAAGGUUUCACUAUUUCUCUAUGCAUGAUUUAAAUAAGGAUCAAUACAUUGAUGGCAUCGAAAUCGUCAAAGCUUUAACUCACGAUCAUGAAAAUGAAUCCGGACCCGGUAUUAGAAUAGAUGAUGAAGAGAAUAUCGUCACAAUGGUUGACGGAGUACUUAAGGACCUGGAUAUCAACGGAGAUGGCUUGAUUGAUUACGCUGAAUACAGCCGGAAGCAGAAGUCUACAUAA